AUGUACCAUACCAAUGGAAAAUCGGUACAUUGUUUGUAUGGUAUUAACAACAUUGGUCCUCAUGAUGAAGCUGAAUUGGCGAGAUCAUCUUCCAUGCUUGCUGGUUAUACAUUUGAUAUAUGGUGCUCAGAUCAUUUUUGCCUUUUACAAUUUGCAGUAGCAUCUACACAAAUUGCAUUUGGUUAUGGAGGUCAAUCAAAUUCCAUAAAAUCAUAUGGUUCUCUAAAGGGUGGGAUUGGUGUUAACAAUGAUGGAGGUGGUGGUGCUUAUUCCUCAGUCUUGGGAGACCAGAAAGAAUACAAGGAACCAUGGGAUUAUUACAGCUAUUAUCCCAUAACUCUUCCUUUAAGGAGGCCUUAUUCUGGAAAUCCAGAACUUCUUAAUGAAGAGGAAUUCGGGGAAGCUUCAGAAAACGUAACUUAUGAUGAACAUUCAAUAAGGCCUGCAAAUGAUCUUGGUCUACAGGAGGAGAAUCUGGAAGCAAGCAUUUUCUUCCUACAGUUGCCAGCAAAUAUGCCUAUGGUGAAGCAAUCUGCCAAUGCAGAGGGCCAGGAGAUGGUCAACAACUCAGAGCCGCCCAAGAGUGCAGGUCCCUCAAAAAAGGGAUGUAGUUUGGAUGAGUUACCGGGAGGUUUUAUGGGAAAAAUGUUAGUAUACAAGAGUGGUGCUGUCAAGCUGAAGCUUGGUGAUAUCAUUUAUGAUGUUUCUGCAGGUUCGGAUAGUGAGUUUGCCCAGGAUGUUGUUGCCAUCAAUACAGAAGAGAAGCAUUGUUGCGUUGUUGGGGAACUCAGCCAACGUGCCGUGAUAACCCCAGAUGUGGACUCUAUCUUAAACAGUAUUUCUGAUUUGUAGUAGUUUGGCUCACUUACCAUAAAAAUUUUGGUUCACACAUGAUGGAAUCUGAUAGAUGUUAUUUAUUAUUUAUUUUUUGCAAACAAAGUGAGUAGCAACUUAGGAUAUAGAUUCAUUUAGAAUUUUUUAUCAUAAAUAUUCAAUGAGGAAAGUUGAGAAGUUGAAGAGAAAUAUAUGAAAAAUUCUUACAAGAAACAAAUAAAAGAGAAGAAUUUACCAAUUUA